AUCUAAAAGUAAGCAAUUGCAUCAAAAUGCCCUUGUAAUUGAGAAAAUUUAAUUAAAAUAUAGCUUUAAAAUAGUUUUCAUUUCUAGUACAAUUAAGACCAAGACCCUCCGAUCCCUAGAACAGUCUGUACCUUCAUGGCCGAGAACGGGGACGCAGCUCUGGAGACGGCGUUGCCGGCGCCGGUGAACGACGAUGAGGCCUUGAUCGGACCCGGCCCAGCCCCACGCCCCCGUGCAAAGCGUCCUCUCCAGUUCGAACAGGCUUUCCUCGACGCCCUCCCAUCUGCCCAAAUGUAUGAGAAGAGUUACAUGCAUCGGGAUGUCGUGACUCAUGUCGCUGUAUCGGCGGCUGAAUUCUUCAUAACUGGAAGCGCUGAUGGUCAUUUGAAGUUUUGGAAGAAGAAGCCUCUCGGAAUUGAGUUUGCUAAGCAUUUUCGAUCUCAUCUUGGUCCCAUUGAAGGCUUAGCUGUAAGUUCUGAUGGAUUGCUUUGCUGCACAAUUUCAAAUGAUCAAUCUGUGAAGAUAUAUGAUGUUGUCAACUAUGAUAUGAUGGUCAUGAUGAGGCUACCGUUUGUUCCCGGCGCAAUCGAAUGGGUCUACAAACAAGGCGAUGUUAAAGUCAAGCUGGCAAUUAGUGAGCGGAAUUCCUCCUUUGUUCACAUAUACGAUGCUCAUGCUGGCGGAAAUGAACCUAUUAUAUCAAGAGAGAUCUGUAUGGGGCCUCUAGAAAUGAUGAAGUACAAUCCGGUGUAUGAUACUGUGAUAUCAGCAGAUGCCAAAGGUGUCCUUGAAUACUGGUGCCCUACUACACUUCAGUUUCCUGAAAGCGGUGUGAGUUUCAAGUUGAAAACUGAUACAAAUUUGUUUGACAUUGCGAAAUGCAAGACAACUGUUUCUUCAAUUGAGGUGAGCCCCGAUGGCAAUCAGUUUGCUAUAACAUCUCCUGAUAGAAGGAUUCGUGUGUUUUGGUUCAAGACGGGCAAAUUAAGGCGUGUAUAUGAUGAAUCUCUUGAGGUGGCCCAAGAUUUACAAAGAAGUGAUGCUCCUCUGUAUCGUCUUGAAGCCAUUGAUUUUGGGCGGAGAAUGGCUAUUGAGAGAGAAAUAGAAAAAACAGAAAGUGCUCCACAACCCAAUGCCGUUUUUGAUGACAGUUGUAACUUCCUUAUUUAUGCAACCCUCUUGGGAAUUAAAAUUGUAAAUUUGCAUACCAACAAAGUUGCCCGGAUUCUAGGGAAAGUGGAAAACAGUGAUAGGUUUUUGAAAAUUGCUUUAUACCAAGGUGACAGGAGCAGUAAGAAGGUUAGGAAAAUCCCCUCAGCAGCAGCAAAUGUCAAUGAGAGCAAAGAACCUUUUUCAGAUCCUACUCUUCUUUGUUGUGCUUUCAAGAAGCAUCGAAUAUAUUUAUUCAGCCGGAGAGAACCCGAGGAACCUGAAGAUGCAAGUAAGGGAAGGGAUGUUUUCAAUGAGAAACCACCUCCAGAAGAGCUUUUGGCAGUAUCUGAUAUUGGAAAAGCUGUCACCACAUCUCUUCCUGACAGUGUGGUUCUUCACACAUCCCUUGGUGAUAUUCACAUGCGGUUAUAUCCCGAAGAGUGCCCAAAAACUGUGGAGAACUUCACAACUCAUUGCAGAAAUGGUUAUUAUGAUAACCUUAUCUUCCAUCGGGUGAUCAAAGGAUUCAUGAUCCAAACUGGGGAUCCUUUGGGAGAUGGCACCGGUGGGCAGUCUAUAUGGGGCAGGGAAUUUGAAGACGAAUUUCACAAAAGUUUGAGGCACGACAGGCCUUUCACUCUGUCAAUGGCGAAUGCUGGGCCGGCUACCAAUGGCUCUCAAUUCUUUAUUACAACAGUGGCAACACCAUGGCUGGAUAAUAAACACACUGUAUUUGGCAGGGUCGUCAAGGGAAUGGAUGUAGUUCAGGCAAUAGAGAAGGUGAAGACGGACAAGAAUGACAAGCCUUAUCAAGAUGUUAAAAUCUUAAAUGUGACUGUUCCCAAGGUCUAGGAUUUGAAUUAUACAUUGAUUGAAGAAUAUGUGCAAGCAAAUCAACCAUGAGGCAUAUACUGAUACUAUUAAAUGACAAUUUUAACAUAUGAGAGAUUAGGGAGUGUGUAUCAAGUAAAGAAGUUCUGUGGCAUUACAUGCCUGUUCAGUAAGGUGCAAAUGAGUUUUUUUUUUCCCUGUGCCCACUGUAGAAGCUGCUUCUGUGAAGCUGUUGUUAAAUGUAUGACACUUGAAUUCAUUAACUUUGGAUACAGGCUGUUUAUACUGGCCAUUUUUACAGAUAGGCUCAAAUUAGAAGCCAAA